GGUCCACGCGUGAAAUUUUUGGGGCCAACGUUUUGCGGUGCAUUAUUGAAUAGCGUUCCUCACUCCUGGCUUCGUUAUGACGCAAACAAGUGUGGCAAACCAAUCGACACUUCUACCACUCGAACUGGUAGACAAGUGUAUUGGCUCACGGAUACAUAUUAUCAUGAAAAAUGAUAAAGAAAUCGUCGGCACGCUGCUAGGAUUCGAUGAUUUCGUUAACAUGCUGUUGGAGGACGUGACGGAGUACGAGAAUACACCGGAAGGUAGAAGGAUAACGAAGCUGGACCAGAUACUGCUCAACGGUAACAACAUUACUAUGCUUGUACCCGGUUCUAGCGGAGACCUGCCCGAUGCAUCGUAGGACGGUGGAUUGCUGCGAAGCUGGAAAAUUCGUAUCACUUUCCAAAAUGCUAAUUAAACUAAUUAAAGACCGUGUUGGGAGCGGAUGAAACGUAAA